GUUCAUUUGUCGUGCAACAUUUUCAGAUUCUGAAGAUUGGUGAGUUGAACUUUCAAAUCAACAUUUACCAUUAAUGUAAUUUAUGUUUGUGUUUCUAGUAUGCAGUGUGAUGCAGUUCAUUGCUGUUGACUCUGAUUCACAAACAGUUUUGCUGACUGCAGUGAUGAAGGGAAGCAAGAUGAUCUUUGCUCCGCUGUGUUUCCUGUUUUGUUGGAUGCUGCCUGUAGACUCCAUGACGAUCCGUUUCAACUUUACUGUACGAGAUUUCAAUCCAACCAUCCCACUGAGCAUGGUUGAAGAUUCAGUUGAUGACAUGUACUUCGGCUGCAAUACAAAAAUGAUGAAAACGGUCAAAGACAAAUACUUUGAGGAAGAAAGGCACAUUCAACCAUUUUCAGAGGCCUGGAAGAAUACAGAAAAAUGUGCCCAAAAAAAUCUGAAACAUAGCGAGGACAAGGCUCUGACCAAAGAGCACAUGCAAGCAAUCUGUGCUUAUACAGCUGACAGUUUGUACUGGCAGUUUAAUGAAGCAGUCCGGGAACAGGGGCACCUCUAUGGCUCCUCCCAGUUCCAGUUCCACACUUUGCAUUUCUGGCUGACAUCUGCCAUACAGAUCUUGAAUAGCAAUUACAACUGUCACAAUACUUACAGACGAACUAGUGUUAAAUUCACUGGCAAAGUUAACCAAAUCAUUCGGUUUGGUUUCUUUGCUUCCAGCUCUUACAGGACCGACUUAACCAACUUUGGUAGCGAGACCUGUUUUAAAAUUAAGACCUGUUCAGGUGCUUAUUUGAAAAAUUAUUCAUUUUUUGGUGACAAAGAGGCAGAAGUGCUCAUACCCCCCUAUGAGGUGUUCAACAUAACUGAGAUAAUUAAUGGCCAGGUGAAAAUUCAAGGUCUGACUGAUUGUAAAGCUGUCUAUGUCUUAGAGAGUGUAGGAGUUAAGAGCAGUCUGAACUGCAAACUUGCAUUAUGACCUGUUUAAACUUUGUAACUUUCCUCUCGCAACUGAAUGGAUUAGAGGACAUAUACUUAAACAUUCUCUGCAAUCCAUUUUAACUUCAGUCUUGGGGUUUGUUUGUUCGAUCAUUGUGGACUUAUGACACACC